AUGGCAUCCUUGCCUUCCUUCAUCCUCGUGCUGCUUUCUUACAAUUCGGCCCGUGCAAGCGAGCCUCUGACAGAUGUGAAGCAAGCCGUCCAGCCCAUUCUCGAUGAAAUGGCUUCAAGAUACAACAUGAGUUUCACUUUCGGCUUUGUGAACUCUUCUGGGCGGCUGGGAAUGGCUUCAGGAGUCAACAGCAUUUGGAGCAAAAGGCCCUUGAAACCAGAUGAUUUGAUUCCACUUGGAUCUGUCACAAAGUCUUGGACUGCAGUCAUGGUCAUGCAGGCAGUUGAUGAAGGUAUUGUCAAACUAGAGGAUAGUGCCUCUAAGUGGAUCGAUCCAGUUCUUUCUCGUUUGUGGCACAGCAGUAUGGAAGCGUUGUGGGGCAAGGCCGCUUUGCGCAUUCGAGUCCAUGAUUUACUAGGCAUGACGAGCUGCAUCGCUGACUAUGACGAUUUCUACAUGGAACAUUUCACUUUUGUGUUUGCAGGUGACGAUGCCGGUCCUUUUCUGUAUCUAAAGAGUGCAGCCAGGCAAGGCCUCAUUUGCACCCCAGACUCCUCGAAUCCUCUGGCCGUUUAUUCGGGUGCGAACUACAUCCUCUUGGGCUUGUUAUUGGUUCAAGCACGUGGAUUCUUCUCGUGGCAGGAUUUGGAUCAGAUUCGUGUGAUUCCAAAGGGGUUGUUUCGGUCAGGCCGAUACUCUCACACGAGCUUCUCUCGCCUGGGCAGAUGUAUACAGUACCCGGGCAUUGCGCAUCAGUAUGCCUGGAAGUCAUGGCUUUCACAGAACAAUAGCGAAACCUUCUCAGAUUUGUUGUACACCUCCUGCCUGAAUGGUUGGACAAUGGGCAACAUUGCAAGCUCUGCCCUUGAUUUGGCGACCUUCUUCUUUGAUUUGUUCUCCUUACCCAAGGAAAGGGGCGGCUUUUUGACGCGCCAGUCUCUUUUACGAAUGCAGCAAAUGAAGACGCUCAAUGAUACCUGGUGUGAGGGCCCCACUGGACCUGGAAGCUGUUCCUAUGGAAUGGGUCUUUUGCAAGACCAACUUGGCCAGGACUUCUGGGUCUUGCAGGAUCCCACGGAAGACCUGUCCAAAAUCAAAGUCAUUGGGCAUCCCGGUGAGGACUGGGGAAGCGGAUGCUCACCUUGUGGCUUCAAUCGGAGGUAUGGCUUUGGGAUUUGCAUGGCCUACACCAGCGUCAUUGGCAUGAACUGUAGUGGAGAUUUCCGUGAGAACUUUCUAGCUGUUCAGACCGCCACCUGCUUGGCCUACGAUGCUGUUCUGAAAGUGCUGGGUGCCCCCCGUUUGAAUUGCACCAAUGCUGCCCUUCCAGAUCCGCCACAAUUGGUGCAGUGCGCUUGGGACCGCACCAACACCACCGUACCAUCACUACCUGCUUGGCAAAGGAGAUCGCCUCAUAUGGUGGUUCCAAGAGUUGAGACAUCUGAAAUCGUGGUUUGA